AUGUCGCUUGUGGGUAACUUCACCUUCAACAACUACGAUGGUCAGAACCAGCGUAGUGGUGUCAGUGCCCUAGGAGGCAAUGCUUUCCAACACGAUGAACAUCACGAUCAAGCCGACAACUCGACACGGGACACACACCUGAACCCUGGUCACAACGCCGAGCAUUCUCACAUUCCUGCUUCUCGCAAGACUUCGAAAACUUUUACUACCGAACAACAUGACUUGACACAUUCUGGAAUCCACGAUGGCACAUAUUACCCUGAUGGGAUUCCUCCACCGAACGAGAAGACCGAGCUCGAGCCAGCAGAAUCGCCAUCAGCAUCGGAAAGCGAAGGUGCAUACGAAAGAAACGAGAAGGUCCAGGAUAUCGCAAGGGUUCUCAGUCGCACUAUGUCACAAGCACCCGAUGACCCAUUCAAAUACGAGGACGAUUCACCACUCAACCCAAACGGACCCAACUUCAGUGCAAGAGAAUGGGUUAAAUCCAUGUACAAGAUGAAUCAGAGAGAAGGCGUACAACAACGAACUGCCGGUAUCGCUUUCAAGAACUUGAACGUCCACGGUUUCGGUGCCGAUUCGGAUUAUCAGAAAACUGUUUCCAACAUCGCACUCGAGGCUGUCAGCGGAAUCAAGAAAUUAAUGGGUCUUUCAAAGCCGAGGAGAAUCGACAUCCUUCGCGAUUUCGAGGGUGUCGUUAACCCUGGCGAGAUGCUUGUUGUUCUUGGUCCUCCUGGUUCUGGAUGCUCGACCUUCCUCAAGACAUUGACUGGAGAGACUCAUGGCUUCAACGUUGACGAGCAGUCAUACCUUAACUACCAGGGUAUCGAAGCCAAGGACAUGAACACCAAAUACCGUGGUGAAGCCAUCUACACAGCUGAGGUUGAUGUGCACUUCCCGAACAUGACAGUGGGCGAUACUCUGUACUUUGCAGCUCGCGCACGCGCCCCUAAGACUGUUCCUGGUGGCAUGUCGAAGGUUCAGUGGGCUGAAGCAAACAGGGACAUGAUCAUGGCUACAUUUGGUAUUUCCCACACCAUCAACACUCAGGUCGGUAAUGACUUCAUUCGUGGUGUUUCUGGUGGUGAAAGAAAGCGUGUUUCUAUCGCUGAAGCUGCAUUGAGUGGUGCUCCUUUGCAGGCAUGGGACAACUCGACUCGUGGACUUGACAGUGCCAACGCUGUUGAGUUCUGUAAGACCCUUCGUCUUUCCUCAGAGUUCUUCGGUACUACACCCAUGGUUGCUAUUUACCAGGCCCCUGGUGCUGCUUACGACCUCUUCGACAAGGUCAUUGUCCUGUACGAGGGACGCCAGAUCUUCUUCGGCUCUACCAUCGAAGCUAAGGCAUACUUCGAGAACCUCGGUUUCCAGUGCCCCGACCGUCAGACCGAUGCCGAUUUCCUCACUUCCAUGACUUCUGCUCAAGAGCGUGUUGUUCGUAAGGGCUGGGAGAGCAGAGUACCCAGAUCGCCUGAUGAGUUCGCUGCUCGCUGGAAGGCCAGCCCUCAGCGUCAGCGCCUCCUACAAGAGAUCGACGAAUUCGACAGAAAAUACCCCUUCGGCGGAGAAUCACACGAGGUAUUCGCCGCGUCGCGCAAAGCUCAAAAGGCAAAGGGUCAGCGCACUGGUUCCCCUUACACUUUGUCUUACGCUCAGCAAGUCAAGCUGUGUCUCUGGCGUGGUUUCCGCCGCCUGGUAGGAGAUCCCAGCUUGACCUUCACUCAACUCUUCGGUAACUUUAUCAUGUCUCUGGUCAUUGGCUCCCUCUUCUUCAACCUUGACGACGGCACCGACUCUUUCUACAGCAGAGGUGCUCUUCUCUUCUUCGCUAUUCUGAUGAACGCUUUCGGUUCGGCUCUCGAAAUUCUGACGCUCUACGCCCAAAGACCCAUUGUCGAAAAACACUCUCGAUAUGCUCUAUACCAUCCAUCUGCCGAAGCAUUCGCCUCUAUGCUUACGGAUUUACCAUACAAGGUCCUGAACGCCAUCAUCUUCAACCUGACGCUUUACUUCAUGACCAACCUUCGUCGCACACCUGGAGCGUUCUUCUUCUUCCUGCUGGUCUCUUUCUUUCUGACGCUGACCAUGAGUAUGCUGUUCAGAACAAUUGCUUCGGUUUCGCGCACUCUUUCGCAGGCUAUGGCUCCCGCAGCUAUUCUGAUUUUGGCCAUCGUUAUCUUCACCGGUUUCACAAUUCCUACCCGUUAUAUGCUUGGCUGGAGUCGAUGGAUCAACUACCUCGAUCCUGUGGCUUACGGAUUUGAAGCUCUUAUGAUCAACGAAUUCCACCACAGAAACUUCCCUUGUUCCUCGCCUGUGCCGCUGUAUGGAACGUAUGAUCAGGGUACGCAGGUCUGCAAUGUCGUCGGUGCUGUCGCUGGUCAGAACUUCGUCAGCGGAGAUGCCUACAUCAACUCGUCGUUCCAGUACUACCACAGCCACAAGUGGCGCAAUUUUGGUAUCGUCAUCGCCUUCAUGAUCGGUCUCAUGUGCUUCUACCUGGGUGCUACUGAACUGAUUUCCGCCAAGAAGUCGAAGGGUGAAGUCCUUGUUUUCCGCAGAGGUCACGCACCUGCUGCCCUUACCAAGAGCACACCAGAUGAUCUCGAGGCCGCGGGUGCUGGCCAAGCUGUUGCCGAAAAGCAGUAUAAUGACACUGAUGCAGCUGAUAUCAUUCAGAAGCAGACCGCCGUUUUCCAUUGGGAGGACGUUUGCUACGAUAUCAAGAUCAAGAAGGAAGACCGCAGAAUCUUGGACCAUGUCGAUGGCUGGGUGAAGCCUGGUACCCUGACCGCUCUUAUGGGCGUGUCGGGCGCAGGAAAGACCACUCUUCUGGAUGUCCUUGCUACUCGUGUUACUAUGGGUGUCAUUUCUGGUGACAUGUUUGUCGAUGGACGCCAGCGCGAUGAAUCAUUCCAGAGAAAGACCGGUUACGUCCAGCAGCAAGAUCUCCAUCUUCAAACUUCGACUGUUCGCGAGGCUCUCAACUUCAGCGCUCUGCUCCGUCAGCCAGCACACGUAUCCCGUCAGGAGAAGCUCGACUAUGUCGAUGAGGUUAUCAAGCUACUUGAUAUGGAGCAGUAUGCUGACGCAGUUGUUGGUGUUCCCGGUGAAGGUCUCAACGUCGAGCAACGCAAGCGUCUAACUAUCGGAGUUGAACUUGCGGCUAAACCAGAGCUACUCCUGUUCCUUGAUGAACCAACAUCAGGUCUGGAUUCGCAGACUUCAUGGGCCAUUUGCGAUCUUAUGGAGAAACUUACGAAGUCCGGCCAAGCUAUUCUUUGUACAAUCCACCAACCUUCCGCUAUGCUGUUCCAGCGCUUCGAUCGUCUUCUUUUCCUUGCCAAAGGUGGCAGAACCGUCUAUUUCGGCGAAGUUGGNCAAAACUCGAACAUUCUGACCGCUUACUUUGAGCGCAACGGUGCACACAAGUGCCCUCCUGAUGCUAACCCAGCCGAGUGGAUGCUUGAAGUUAUUGGCGCUGCUCCCGGAUCCCACACCGAUAUCGAUUGGCACCAGACCUGGCGCGACAGCGAAGAAUAUCGUAACACAAAGGCAGAGCUCGAGAGACUUCGUACCCAACGUCCUCAGGAAACCAAGCCUUCAACCGAUCCCAACGACCAAACUAGCUACCGCGAAUUUGCCGCUCCUUUUGGUACACAAUUCAUGGAGGUUACCAAGCGUGUAUUCAUCCAGUACUGGAGAACGCCAAGUUACAUCUUCUCAAAGCUCGCUUUGUGUACUUUCUCGGCUCUUUUUAUAGGGUUUGUGUUNUUUAGGGCCCCGAACUCUCAGCAAGGCCUACAAAACCAAAUGUUCUCCAUUUUCAUGCUGUUUACGAUUUUCGGUCAGCUUGUUCAACAGAUCAUGCCUCACUUUGUUACCCAGCGUGCUCUGUACGAGGUUCGUGAGCGCCCAUCCAAGACCUAUUCCUGGAAGGCAUUCAUGUUGAGCAACAUCAUUGUCGAGCUGCCCUGGAACUCUCUUGGAGCUGUGAUCAUCUUCUUCUGCUUCUACUACCCUAUCGGUCUGUACCGCAACGCUGAACCCACCAACGCAGUUACUGAGCGUGGUGGUCUCUUCUUCUUGUUCGUCUGGCAAUUCCUCCUCUUCACCUCGACCUUCACCAACAUGGUCAUCUCUGGUAUUGAUCUUGCUGAGACUGGUGGUAACAUUGCCAACUUGAUGUUCUCAUUGUGCCUGAUCUUCUGUGGUGUCCUUGUCGGACCCACUGUCAUGCCUGGUUUCUGGAUCUUCAUGUAUCGCGUGUCGCCUUUCUCCUACCUGGUCGACGGCAUGCUGUCUGUUGCAGUUGCCAACACCAAGGUUGUUUGUGCUGAUAACGAGUACCUGCGUUUCAGCUCACCUGCAGGCCAGACUUGCGGUCAAUUCAUGGGUCCUUGGAUCUCAACCUACGGUGGCUACCUCGAAAACAAUCAAACUUCACAGUGCGAGUUCUGCCAGAUCUCCGACACAAACACUUUCCUUUCCUCGGUCAGCGCUUCAUACGACCACCGCUGGAGAAACUUUGGUAUCCUGUGGGCUUUCAUCAUUUUCAACGCCAUUGCUGCUAUUGGCAUUUACUGGCUCGCUCGUGUGCCAAAGAAGCCUAAGAAGGCUAAGAAGGAGUAA